AUGCCGCCCUCUUUAACCGACAAAUCGUUAGCAACGGUUAGAACAGAGCUUGAGUACUUGAUGGAGUCCAAUGUUAUUACAGAGGAGAUUUAUCAAAAUGCACUAUCAAGUCUUGUACUAAAGUACUUGCUGCUUAAUCCAAGAGGUUUUGAAGACUUACAAGGUGCAAUUGCCAAAAAAGGAGGAAUCGUCUUACCAUUUCCACCGUCUUUAGAUAAAACAGAAGAAGAAGAAACACAACUGAUACAGUUCGGACAAGACUCGUUUGAUGAUAGUGGAAAUCUGAAAAUUAUGGAUCAAUCUGAAAAAGAGAUAUCAUAUGAAAACCCUCAAAUGGCUACUAGUAGGGUCGAAAAUCAGAAGCUUACAUUGGAAACUGAUCAGAUAACAGUUACGUCACACAGUGGAGAAGGGGCUAGUAUCAUGAACCAGACAAUCACCUUAGAGCCCGCAUUACCCUCCCCUUCUGAUAAUUAUCUGUCUCAAACAGAACCCUCAUCUCCAGUUGGAUAUUGUCGAGUGACUUCUGAUUAUGCUGCGGAAAUGGAGGGUGAUCUUCCCAUCCAAAAAAAUGACAAAUUGGUUAUAACUAAUAAAGAAGAUGAAUCUUGGUGGCUAGGUUACAAAAAAGGCAAAGGACCCAGACAAGCAGGUACAUUCCCUUCUAAUUAUGUAAAGGAAAUUACAGCAGAAGAGUUCAAAAGAAUAGCCCGCCGUCCAGCAGCACCAAUGCCAAAAGAAUCUGAAAAGCUGUACCAGCAAGUAGAUGUCACAAUUCAUCCUGACCCUGCUGAUAUUGUACUCGAUAAAAAGAUACAGGAAGGCCAGGAGAAAGUGAAUGAAGAAGAAAAAAUGGGAAGUGGGGUCGAAGUAGAAGAGUCCAAAGACGACUUCCUUCAUCCACAACCAGAGGAUGAACAGGUAAACGGUCAUCGUUUUAGGGACAAGUUCAAGAGGGGUCGCCUGCCAAAAGCUCCAAGAGAAAGAAGAAGACGAGAAAGGAUCAGGGAGCAUUCACGCCAAUUUGGAGAAGCUAUUGGAGAUCCGCUAUUGGAAGGAUAUAGAAACGUAGUCGCUUACAUAGGUCCCUUAGUACUAAAAGAGUUCUUGGAGGCCUUAAUCGUUGAAAUGAUGCAAGAUUGA